AUGUACGCGACGUGAGAAAACCACCCAACCAAACCAACAAACCUUUAUGCAUUGUAUGAACUAUCAACAUUUUCAACAUCUGCAAGGUUUUUUGCCACUUAUGUAGGGCUAUAGCAAGAUAUAGCAGUUUGCAAUGAUAUGCGAUGGAUAUGAGAUUCACUUUUUGCUAAAAAACAUUCCCCAUGUGCUGUCGUGUUAUGAUAGUCAAGAUGGUCUUGAAUCAAGCAAGACAACCAGCAAUUAUUUGCUUGGUUUUCGAUUAAAACUGUGAUUUUACAUUUUGCUCAAUAUCUUUUAUGUGCUCGUGAUCUUUGAUAGUAAAUAAACCACACGCUUAAAUCUGCUCAUUUUAUAAUCCGUUCCUCAUGUCGACCUAUAGGUUCCUCUGCAAAUUCCUUGAAAAUGGAAGUUCGACACAAAUUUUGGAUUUGCAAGCACAACUUAAAAAUCAUGCCUCGUCCAGCCACCUCUAGCACUGCAGGAUCAUCUGCGAAGUCUGAGCAGCCACCGAAUAGAAGACCUGCCACGAAAGUUUCUUCAAACUCUGAUGGAAAGCCGAGUAGAUCUGAAUACGCCAAAAGCUUUGCCUUCUCCCCCAUGAGACUGCGACCAAAGCUGAGAAAUCCCAUUCCAACCUGGGGAACGAGGAACCGAUCGGAUAUUCUUCCAUCAUCGUCUGCGAACCCCACUCCCGGUGGUGGUCGACGAAUUGUUCCACCCCUUGGUCGCCAAUGGCCCUGGCAAGAACGAGCCGCACGAUCGGAAAUAUUUGUCAAUUCGCUGAGAUCUACUGACACCAAUAAUAAUCCGGCCCCUGCUGGUCGACCAAAUGGAGGAGCAGGGCGUCGGGGUGGACUUCAACCCCAGCAUCGUUGGCCGUGGCAGCGUCGUGCCCAAUCCUCCGGCGUAUUUCUCUUCGCCAACGACCAAACCACUCCCAGCACGACAAGCACAACAUUCAACGUUCCCGUUCGAAAAUGGCCGUGGGCUGAACGUGCCCUGAAAUCUCUAAUUUUCAAUCAACCCGAAGAAAAAGUGACUUCGCGUCGCACGUAUAAAUGGGAUCAGAGGCGCACCACUACCCCUUUUUUUGAAGACCCUGCAACGCGAGUAGCGACCACGACACUUGCUCGAAGGAAGGCGUGGCCCUGGCAAGAAAUGGCGAAGGAGUCGCUCAUCUUUAAACCACUCCCACCAAAACCGCCAAAGGGAAUCUUGUACCCGUGGGACCAACGACAAUCGGACCUUAUCUUCGACCCUAAUGCCAAGUUUGAUAGCGUGAGUCGCUACAAAACUGAGUUUGUAAAGAAGCAGCGUUCAGAUGGGAGUUCAAUUCGGGCGGCAGGGUUGAGGUGCUACAAGGGCGAAAUCGGUGGUCCAGUGGAGAAGGUGGGAUUGGAAAAGAGACCCCAAGAAAAGGUCACUUUAGCCCUGGAAGAAGAAAGUAACAAGCAAUUGGAGAAGAAACAAGUGGAAAAUCAGCCAAAUAAAAUCAAACCGAAACAAAACAGGGUCAACUUCUCUCCACAAACGACCGACAAUUCGGACAAGUCAAGUUCCUCCUCCGCGGACGAGAAAGAGAACAACGUUCCCAAGCCACAGCCCAAGAAAACUUUCACCGUCCUUCAAGAUGUGUCCAACAAGGUCAAAAAUGUUGAAUCGAAAAGUGAAAGCAAUUUGCUAGAUCAAUUUGCAAACAUGAAAAUAAAGCCUGAAAAACAGAAGGUGAAGCGAAUUGGACAAAUUGUUAUGGAGAGGUCACCGAAAGGAAAAGUCGACGAUAAUCUGGAGGUUAUCAAUGUGCAAGAUUAACGUUCUUAAUAUCGUGCAAGCUUUAGUUAUCGAGAGCAUUAUUAUGAAUAGUCCUAAUUACAUAAGUAUUUUUAUAAAGAAAUAAUACGCUUGUAAUAUUUUUGGGUCAAAUGCAUGUUGCAUAAUGGCUUCAAGAUCUCGUUGAAAAUGUAUAUGUACAUAUUUACAGAUGAAUAUUUAUGUAUAUUUUAUCUGAAAAUGUAUGUCUUAAAUUUAUAAAUGUUUAUGAGCUCUUGCGAAUAAAAUGUGU